CUGAAGGCCCGCGGUAAUGUAGAAGACUGGCUGUGUAAAGUGGAGGAGGCCAUGUUUGCCAGCCUGCGACGUCUUUGUAAGAAAUCCAUCAAGGAUUACGAGACGACCAGCUUUCUCAGCUGGGUUAUGGCAAACGCCUCACAGGUAGGAAUCAUCACCUCACAGGUAGGAAUCAUCACCUCACGGGUAGAAAUCAUCACCUUACAGGUAGGAAUCAUCACCUUACAGGUAGGAAUCAUCACCUCACAGGUAGGAAUCAUCACCUCACAGGUAGGAAUCAUCACCUCACGGGUAGAAAUCAUCACCUUACAGGUAGGAAUCAUCACCUUACAGGUAGGAAUCAUCACCUCACGGGUAGAAAAAAAAAACGCAUCGGUUGAGCAUCGUCGAGUGCUAUUGAAAGGACCGCGACGAAUUUCGACAAUGCACUGUUGUUUCCUCACAUCUCGUCAUUUGUUAGUUCGCUUUUUUUUUUUUAUUUAAAAAUAACAUUGAAAAAGUUAAUGCGGCUGACAAAAUAGUAUUCAAGUAGCGAGUAAUGACGUCACUCAAAAGUUGUAGCAGAGAGAGAGAAAAAUUGGAGGAGAGAGAGAGAGAGGUAAAGGGUAUGUAACUAGUGUCGGCUCAAGGUGCCGGCAGCUCAGGCAUUUGCCCGAGGUUACAGCGACCAUAUGGCCGGCCCUGUAUAAGGCAAAGAGAUUUACAAUGGUAUGCAUGCCAUUCGAGCAACCCAGAAACAUAUUAGUAUUCAUAUUUAUUUUAAAAAACAGCAACUGUUUAAACUCAAUGAGGCAAACGCCCCAGCAGUAAGGAACAUAAGCUGACCCUCUGUAUAUGAAGGGACCAAUUGUAAUUUGAAAUUAAACAUAAUGCUCAUUGGGUAUUAUGCUUGGAAAGGUACGGUUUACCACGUAGUAUCGGCUUCACACGUAAACGGUGUCGUAUCACUUAUCAAUUUGGCUGGGAUAUCAUACAGGAUUCGUUGUUGUUUUUUUUAUUCCUCCACCAGGUUGUACUCACCAUAUGUCAAAUGAUGUGGACUCGUGAUGUCACCAACAUCCUCAGAGACACCAGGUCAUCGAUCAGGGCCAUGCGAGACUUCGAGC